AUGGGGUGUGCGCAAUCUUCUGGCAUUGACGACGAGGCCAAGGCUCGUAAUGAUGAAAUUGAGAAUCAACUUCGCCGGGACCGUAUGAUGGCGAAGAAUGAGAUCAAGAUGUUGCUUCUUGGGGCUGGUGAAUCUGGGAAGUCCACAGUCCUCAAACAAAUGAAGCUCAUUCACCACGGCGGGUACAAUGAUUCCGAACGUGACUCUUACAAGGAAAUCAUAUUUUCCAAUACCAUCCAAUCCAUGCGCGCCAUUCUCGACGCCAUGCCUUCCCUCGACCUCUUUCUCAAUCCAUCCAACGACGCCCGAAGAGCCACAAUCCUUUCUCUUCCCGUGCAGUUGGAGGUAGACGUCAUGCCUCGGGAUGUGGGCGACUCCAUUCGAGGGCUUUGGAGCGAUCCCGCUGUGAAGGAGGCAGUGAAGAGGAGUCGAGAGUUCCAACUGAAUGAUUCGGCAGUGUAUUACUUCAACAGUAUCGAUAGAAUGAGUGGUCCGGGGUACAUGCCCAGCGACCAGGAUAUACUUCGGUCACGAGUGAAAACUACGGGUAUCACGGAGACGACGUUCCAAGUCGGCGAACUCACAUACAAACUCUUCGAUGUUGGCGGUCAACGUUCUGAACGGAAAAAAUGGAUACAUUGCUUUGAAAACGUAACUGCAUUGGUAUUCCUGGUUUCUCUGAGCGAGUACGAUCAGAUGUUGUAUGAGGAUGAGAGCGUGAACCGUAUGCAAGAAGCCCUCACACUCUUUGACUCAAUAUGUAAUUCCCGAUGGUUCGUCAAGACCUCGAUCAUCCUCUUCCUCAACAAAAUCGAUCUAUUCGCGGAAAAGCUUCCUAGAUCACCAUUAGGUGAUUACUUCCCGGAUUACACGGGCGGAAACAACUACGACGCCGCCUGCGAAUAUCUGUUACGCAGAUUCGUAAGCCUAAACCAGAGUGCAGCAACGAAACAGGUAUACGCGCAUUAUACGUGUGCCACGGAUACGCAGCAAAUUAAAUUCGUUCUUUCUGCGAUUCAAGAUAUUCUCCUCCAGCUUCACUUGAGGGAGGCCGGACUAUUAUAG